CUACCUCCUCCAUCUCCUCCUCGGAUUCUUCUUCUAGUACUACCUUCCACACGCCAUUCCUCUCUUCGCAAUCCCCCCAAAAUCCCCAAACCCCCGCAAAAAUUUCCCAAUUCCGCAGAGAUAUCGAUUUCCAAUCCCCGCUCCCCAGGCGCGGCGCGGUCCGGCGACGAUGAUGUUCACGGAGGGCCUGGACGAGUCGGCGAUCAGCUGGAUCAAGCAAGGCGCGGCCGCUCCGCCAGCCACCGCGAGGUCCCCGCUCGCGGAGCGCCAGAUCCCGGCCGCGGCGCCGGCGCUGUACGGCAACCGGGGCCCGUGCGCCGCCGCCGCCCUCUUCUCCCCCAAGAGCCUGCCGCCGCCGGUGCGGACCGCCCACUCGGGCCUCCUCGGCCGCCACUCCUCCGCGCUCUACUCCGAGGACGACGACGACGAGGAGGAGGAGAGCGUCGCGUCCUGGGGGCUCACCGACGCCUACGGCGGCAACUUCUCCGACGACCGCACCGCCACCGCCGAGGAGGACAGCGACUCCAGCCUGUUUAGGAGGGCCAGGGACCUCUACGGCGUCGACGACGAGGUCACGUCGCAGCUCAGCCGCAGGGGCGGGGGCGGGCUCGUGAGGGGCCACUCCAAGGAGAACCUCCGGGUCGAGGUGCGGGCCGCCGCCGCCGCGUUUGCCGGGAAAUGCUCCCGUGCUCUGGAUACCCCCGUCGACUACAGCGCCCAUGAACAGUACGUCGACGAGCGCAGGUUUCAGGAUUUCGGGCCACCCAGUGCGCCCCCAAUCGCACAAGAUGGGGAGGACCAUCGCAUUUUCGACGCAGUUGCAGACCCGAGAGGAGGCUUUGAGAGAACUGGGAUGUCAUCGAUGGCAGAUAUACUGGCUCAAGAUGUUCAUGAGCUUCCUACCAGAUCAAACGUUCAGGAGGAUGGUGUUCAGAUGCCGUACAUCGAGAACAAUUUGCUAGCUCAGAUACCAAGCUUCACAACCAAUGUACAAAGCGCAUGGCAAUCGUUUGUUGCGUACGAUGCGUGCUUCCGGCUUUGCCUGAAUGCGUGGGCUAAAAACUGCAUGGAGGCUCCGGAAUUCCUUCGCGACGAGUGCAUGGUGUUGCGAAGCGCCUUUGGAAUACAGAAAUUUUUGCUUCAUCCAAGGCAUAAGAAUCAAGAUGAUGGAAAACACGCCUAUGACAAGGAUGAAACGUGUACCAUGAAGGCAAGGAAAAUUGUUAAACAGAUUGAAAUCGAAGUAAAAAAGAUACGUGUUGUACCGCAAAGACCAAAGCUCCGCGCAACAUCAUCAUUUAGAAACCUCUACAUGCAAGCCGGCAGCGAGUAUGUCAGACAGAUUUCUAAAAUACUGAAGAGCCAGGUUACUAUGCUGACGUCCACGUCAGCUACAUCUUUGCCCGAAGAAAUGUUCACAUGUACUCUAGAGUUGAAAAGCUCAUGCAAAGGUCAACAAAGAGAUUCCAUUUCUCUGCAAUAUUUAAAGCCAGGGAUUGGUGAAUCUCAACUCUUUUAUCUAGAGAACCAGGGGGACACUAUUCUUGUUGAAGUACAGGACAACAAUAGGGCUGUCAUAGGCCGUGCAGAAAUUCAAGUAUCGUCAUUCACUGAUACCCAUCAGGAGGAAGUGACUAGAUGGUGGCCUCUAUACCUUGACGAUCAAGAAUGUGUAGGCAAAAUUCAGCUUUGUAUGAACUUGUCUGUGUCUUCCGACAGUUAUGGAUCUGAAAAGAUGCUACAAGGUGGUCUAGCUGUGGAUACUAUUAUAUAUGACAUGGUUCUGGAAGCAGCGAUGAGAGCUCAAAAUUUCAACAGCAAAAUGUUGCACAUAAGUGGUUCAUGGAAAUGGCUGUUGGAUGAAUUUUCUGAUUACUAUGGGGUAUCAGACGCAUAUAGAAAAUUGAGGUACCUGUCUUACAUUAUGAAUGUGGCGACGCCAACAAAGGAUUGCUUGGAAUUGACAUAUGAACUGCUUCUCCCUGUCAUGAAAGCACGGAAUGAUAGAACUCUAACGAGACAAGAGAGAAGUUUACUGCUCGACUGUGAAGAUAGGAUCAACGUUCUUCUCGCGAUUGUGUUUGAAAAUUAUAAAUCACUGGAUGAGCACUCUAUUACUGGCUUAUCGGAACUAUUUGGCCCUAUAUCAGAUUGUGCUGCACCAGCUUUGGCACCUGCAGUUCAGAUAUUUAGUGUACUGCAUGAUAUACUCUCGAGUGAAGCACAAAGCAUACUUAGGAGCUAUUUGCAGACUGCUGCUGCAAAGAGGUGCAGGAGGCAUAUGAUUGAGACAGACGAAUUCAUGUCGAGCAAUAAUGACAGCCUUCUCACUGAUCCUAUGACUAUUUCUGCUGCAUAUCUCAAAAUGAAGACACUAUGCAUUAACAUAAGUCUUGAAAUUCAAGCAGAUAUCAAGAUUCACAAUCAGAAUAUACUUCCAAGUUCGAUAGAUCUUCCGAACAUAGCAGCAUCCCUCUAUAGUACAGAACUCUGCAAACGAUUGAAGGGUUUUCUUUCUGCAAGUCCCCCAUCAAGACCGCUACAACAUGUUGCUGAACUGCUCAUUGCAACUGCUGAUUUUGAGAGAGAUCUUGACUCCUGGCAAUUGAGACCUGUCCAUGGGGGUGUACUUUCGAGAGAGUUGUUCCAUGAUUACAUCAUGGUGUGGGUUGAAGAUACCCGGUUGCACUUGCUUGAUUACUGCAAAGCUGAAAAGUUAGCAUACCCUGCAGCAUCAACAACUUCACCAUUUGUCGAGCAAAUAUACGAGCAAAUUAAAGAAAGCAUAAAUGAGUAUGGAGUGGUUAUCAACAGAUGGCCUCAAUAUCUGAUGAGUUUGGAGAGUGCUAUUGCUGAUGUCGAAAGAGAAGUUAUGAAGGCAUUGGAGAAGCAAUAUAUGGAGACUCUAAUGCCCUUAAGAGACGGCAUACCAAAAAUUCUUGAGAAGCAUGUUCAAAGACUGACAAGAAGACAAUCGAUAGCUCCAUAUUCUGUGCCAAAUCAGCUAGGAACAUUCAUGAAUACAGUUAAAAGAAUGCUAGAUGUGUUACACUGCCGAAUUGAGGAUAUUCUCAAAUCAUGGGCAGCAUAUCUAACCAUAGCAAACGGGACCACGGUUUUUGGAGAGCAAAUGAACUCCAUCACAGUGAUGUUGAGGAAGAAGUACAAGAAAUACCUGCAAGCAAUAGUGGAGAAGAUUGUCAGUGAUACACAAGCUAACCGUACAACGAGGCUAAAACGGAUUCUUGAAGAAACAAAAGAGACUGAAGGUGAAAGCGAGAUGCGUGAAAGGAUGCAAGCUCUCCGUGCUCAGCUCUCUGAUUACAUGCACAACCUCCACGAGGUCUUUUCCAGCAGAAUAUUUGUUGCUAUUUGCCGAGGUUUCUGGGAUAGGCUGGGCCAGAUUGUGUUGAGAUUUCUUGAGAGCAGAAAGGAGAAUAGGAUUUGGUACCGUGGAUCCAGUUACGCUUUAGGGAUCCUGGACGACGUCUUCGCAUCAGAGAUGCAAAAGCUGUUAGGCAAUGCUCUCCAGGACAAGGACCUGGAUCCUCCGCAAUCAGUGAUCGACGCCCGGUCUAUCCUCUGUUGAGGGCUUGUGAGAAGAACCAUGAAUUGUUCAGAUCGAUCUCUACUCAUAAUUCUGCUGAGAAGAUCUGAAAUAUGGCCAGAGCAAUAUUUUGGUCGCAAGAGGUUGAAGCUUAUUGUUUGGUGUGCAGAAUAUAUGUAUACAGGUCGACGGCCUACAUUCUUUUUGUCCAUAGCGUGAUGUUAAUUGUUUCAAAACAUAAGAGGAAAGUUGUGUAGUGGUAAGCAAGAUUUGCUUUCCAAAGUGUAUAUGAUUAGUGUAAUUGCGUGUACUGGUUGUUCGGCAGCUGUUGAAUUCUCUAGACUUUUGGAGUUAAUUUACGUGAGAAAUUUUGGCUGACACA